UGUUUAUAUAUUUAAAUUAGACCAAGUUAUCUACAAGUUACCAAGUUAUCUAUAAGAUUUAUUUGUUUGCUGGGAAAUAGAUAUUAGAUUGUUCUAGGAUUAGUUUUCACUUAUAUACAUAUAUGUAUAACUUUUGGUAUUACACUUUCAGAUCUUAACUGAAUAAAUUAAAAUAUCAGCAACCAAUCAAAUUAAAACAAUUUAUGAAACUUCACAUAUAAAUGACAUGUAGGCAAAAAUAAUUUAAGUAAUAUUUUUAGUAGGAUAGAUACUAAUAUAUUAAGGGAUUUAUUGUUACAUAUCCUUCUAUUUAUUUUUAUUUUUUAUCUUUCUAUAUAUUGUUAUUUCUUAUCCUUCUAUAUAUGGGGUCAAAAUCCUUCUAUAUAUUGUUAUUUUUAUCUACUUAUAUUAUGAAUGAAAUCAUGAUGAUAUACAGUUCCUCUAUUUACAAAGAGUGUUAUUUUAUCACAUUUCACACUAUUAGAAAUUGCAAAAAACACUAAUCUCCAAUUUUAAUGUAUAAUUAAUAAAAUAAAAAUGAUGUAAAGUAGAAUUUUGUUGGUUAUUUAAAAGGACAAAAAUAUGUAAAUCCAUAUUUUAAAUGUAAAAUGACAUUUAAAAUAACAAAAAAAAAUCAUAGAGUGACAUUUUUUAUGAACAUAAUGAGUACAUAUUAUAUUAGUAGGCUAAUAGCAAUACGAGGAAAGUAAACUUGCUAAAAAACAAAUUAAGGAAAGUUGUUUCUCCAAAGAUUUCGAAGCAAGCAGUUCAAACUACCAUCACCACCUAGAGUCAACUUCCACUGCUUUCCAAAUAACAACACUUAUCCGUCACUCUAUAAAUACUCUUUCUUCCUGUUUUCACUUCCUCACCACAGCAGAACAAGCCAUAUACACACAUAUACAUAUAAUUCAAGACAAGGAAAACACAUUCAUACGUUUUUGUGUAAACUUGGAAUUCUUAUUUAUCGGAUCCAUAAUAGUCAAAAUGGUCUUGCGAGUGUCGUAUGUUUUGGUGGUUCUAACCAUUCUUUCCAUGGAUCAUAGGAUCUCUCAAGCCACAUCCCGUGUUGCCUUUAAAAAGCUAUCCUAUAUUUCUGAUUUCUUCGAAGAAUGGAUGAUCGAGUUCUCUCGAGUUUACACCAAUUCACUCGAGAAACAGAUGAGGCUGGAAGUGUUCACGAAAAACUUGGAAUACAUUGAGAACUUCAAUCGUAAGGCGAAUCAAACCUACAAACUUGGUAUCGACGAGUUCACGGAUCGAACUAAGGAGGAGUUCAUAGCCACCCACUCCGGUUUCAGUGACAUUGAUGUAACUUCAUCAUCCGAAGUGGUUGAUGAAUCGAUGUCAUCUUGGAAAUGGAACGCCAGUAAUAUCAUUGGAUUCUAUUCCAAGAGCAAAGACUGGAGAAUGGAAGGAGCUGUAACACCUGUCAAAAACCAAAGAUAUUGUGAAGGUUGUUGGGCGUUCUCGGCGAUUGCAGCGGUGGAAGGUCUGACAAAGAUUACCCGAGGAAAGCUCGAAUCACUGUCCGAACAGCAACUUCUAGAUUGUGACAAAGCUAACCAUGGUUGCAAGGGAGGAAGAAUGGACAAGGCUUUCGACUACAUAGCAAAAAAAGGAAUUACUGGAGAUGACGAAUACGUUUUCCAAGGGGACACUGAUGGGGUAUGCCUGUUGGAGGAUGAACCCCUCUUUAAGAUCAGAGGUUACGAUUGCGUUCAACGCAACAACGAGCGUGCUUUGCUCGAGGCAGUAUCGAGACAGCCCGUCUCCGUUGGAAUUGUUGGGGAUAUAGAAAGUAUCAUCCGUUACUCAAGCGGAGUGUACGAUGAGCCUGACUGUGGUAUCACCAUGACACAUGCGGUGACUAUUGUAGGGUACGGGACGAGCCGUGAAGGGACCGAGUAUUGGCUGGUUAAGAACUCUUGGGGUACGAGUUGGGGAGAGAAUGGUUACAUUAGACUCCGUAGAAAUGUGGCGUGGAAAGAAGGCAUGUGUGGUCUGGCUCAGUUUGCUUGUUAUCCGGUUGCUUGACUAGCUUAUUCGAUGAUAUGAUAAACUGAAAUGAUCAAACAUUAUGUAGUUUGGUCUAUUUUAUGAUUUAUUUAAAUGUGAUCUUAAACUAUUCGCAAAUUACGGUUGACCGUAAGCUUUAUAAUGCUCAUAUUAUUGCUCAACAUAAUAAAAGCAACAAUUAGUUGUCACUCAAUCCGAUGUCAGGAAAAAAAAAGUUGUCACUCCAUUUUAGGCUUGGGCAUUCGGAGCGUCGGAUCAGGUUCGGAUCGGAUCCUUUCGGGUCCGGAUCUUUCGGGUCUAAGAGUUUAGAAUCCAAUAGGGUAAUUUCAAAUUCUUGGUUCCGGGUCGGUUCGGAUCGUGCCGGGUCCGGGUCGGGUCCGGGUCUUAGAUAAUUGGAUCCAUUCGGGUAACUAGAAUUUAUCGGUUUGGAUUCGGUUCUGUUUCGGGUCGGAUUCGGUUCGGUUUCGAUCUAAAAAAGACCUAAAAUACAAAUAAAUAUCUGAAAAUAUUUAUAUAUCCAAAAAUAUUCGAAAUUUUAUUCAAAAUUUGUGUUUUUAUUAUAUUAAAAUGUGUAUAUAUAUAAAACUAUGCGAGAUACAACAACAAUUCGUUGUCUCCUAGUGGUUGACCCCCAUGUUCUCUAGACAAAUAACCCGUCUUCGAUGCCUCCUUGAUGCAUUUUAUUUAAUUUACAUUAUUAAUUCGGGUACCCAUCGGGUUUCGGGUUUGAGUCGGAUCGGGUCCAAGAUCCGCGGGUCCUCUGCAACAAGACCCGAAAGGGUAAUUAGAUCGGAUCAGUUCCUACCCGAACCGGGUUUUUAAGGGUCGAUUUCGGGUCGAGUCUUCGGGUCCGGGUAAAAUGCCCAGCCUAAUCCAUCCCUUCGAAAUGUAUUUUGAAAAUUUUCUAUACAUACCCUUUUUUUUGUCAACAUACUUUCAUUAAAGGGCUAAUUGGCGAAAUAGCUAAGUCUGGGAGAGAAAUUAAGUAUAUGAACAUGAUUUUGACAUAAUUAAAUGGGUAACAAUUGUCUCUCACCUCAUCCGGUUCUACCCUCCACGCUUACAAGUCUUCGGUGAAAGAGAGAUAAAUGACGUUUUGCAAAUUAAAUAGAUGACGAUGUGAUAGAGAAAGAGAUGACGUUGCGGGAAGGAGGAAUGGAUGAUAUUCACCAUGCACUGUGCAGAUCUUAAGGACAGAGUACAAGCCACGUCCUCAUGAAAAUAACCGCAUGCUAUUUACUGAGUUCAGUAAAUAUGUGGAUGAGAAUAGACCACCCUCAGAAAAUAUCUAGUAUUCCAUAUAUUUUGACAGUCUGUCCAUCUCGUUGUUAAGUAAGAAAAAGACAUUGACGAAGGUGAAAGCAGAGAACGAGUUAAUGCUCAGCAGAUUCGAACAGGUAAUCAUCAAUAACAACCAACUAAUCCUUGUAUUUAUCUGUAUUUGUAGUUGAUGAUCAUUAUAGUAUUUAAUAUGUAUGAUUGUCUCAAUAUUGAAUGGACCAUUUGAUGUAGAUCUGAGAUAGUAAUUUUUUUCCUCCAACCUACAGAUGACAGGGCAGGAUAAAGUCUUGCUUAUACAUGGGACGUGGGUCCGUGAUAGCGAUCAACGGUGGAUAUUUGAACCUGACAUAACGGCCAAAGUAGAACAUUUCAUUCGAAUUUUCUCCGGGAUGACAAUGACAGAGUUAUUGACUUCGGUGAGAGAACGCUAUCAACUAUCAUCGACAGAUUCUACGCUCAAGCUUUCAUAUCAGUAUCCCGAAUGGGUGAGCUUUGGAGAUGGAGAGCUCGAAAUGCCUCAGUACAUAACCGAGGACACAGAAGUCGGUGUGUUUCUAAACAUGAGGAGAUAUAUUGAAGAAGUUUUUCUAUAUGUCUCUAUCUACCGCCAAUCACAUGGAGGGAAGCAACUUACUAAGGGGCGCGAGACAGAACAGAAGGUGCCUAUGGCCGAGGAUGUUGGAGAUGGAAUCGAUGAAGAAGACUGGCAUACCUUUGCACUAUCUGAAACCCCACUGACCAUUCCACUCACUCAGCCGAAAACAAAGGCGAUUCCACAUGAAGUUCCAGACUAUUCCGUUUCAAAGGCGGUGCGAUCUAAAGAACGACUCCCUACUAUUCCACCUUCUCCAGGUGGAAUAGUAAUCACAGAAAGAGGUGAUCCCACCCGCGCUACCAGUCGUCAGACAGGCCCGAAUGAUAGGGGAAAAAACAAACGUCCUGUGGAAGAGAAAACAGAUUCAGAGUCUGACUCAGAUGAUGACAUGGUCGUUCGUUGUUCCCCCAGUUGUUGGUGAAACCGUAGAAGGGUCUAGGCCGGUCCAGAGACGUCUAUUAUUUGGAAAUGCUGGCAUUCCAGACACUGACGGUGGAGUUAGAGAUUCAAACUCUGGUUCAGAUGAUUCUGAAGAAUUACCAGUAGACGAUGGUCUACACUGGGGUAAAUUCGAUGAAGCACUCCACGAGAUACUAAACAACCCGUAUACGCCAGCUUUUUUUGGAAGGGAUGCUCCACCUGUAUUGAACAAUCGGGAGGGAACAGGUAAAAAAAACUUCUAAGUAAAUACAAAUGUAAAGCGACAUGAUAAGGAAUGAAAUUUAAUAGAAUGGAUUUGUCAUGCUGCUUUCUAUACUAUAUUCAUAUAGUAGAAGCUAAUUCCAUACUAUAUACAACAAUUGACAUGCAGCUGAAUGUUUCAUUGACUUUGUAAGGGUUGACACGGCUCUGGCCGACAUCCAAUACGAGGGAGAUGACUUUUAUGUGGGUCGCGUUUUCAAAUCCAAAGCUGACUGUAAAAUCAAACUUGCAAUACAUGCUAUAAACCGGAAGUUCCAUUUCAAGACCGCUCGUUCAAGCCCUUCCAUACUACUUGCACAAUGCGUUGGUGAUGCAUGCCCAUGGCGCGUGUAUGCGGUCUUGUUAGAUGCAAGUGGAAACUUUCAAGUCAGACAAGCUAACCUAGUUCACUCUUGCACCGUUGACGACCGUAGAAACUACCACAAACUUGCAACGACUGUUGUGAUUGGCCAGAUAUUGCAAUCUCGUUUUGUUGGUAUUAAAAAGGGCCCCACUGCCGCCGUAAUAAGGAAAAUAUUGCUAGAUAAAUUUCAUGUCAACGUUUCAUACUGGAAAGCUUGGAGAGCUAGAGAGAUGGGAAUUUCCAAAUAUUUCCCCUUGCGUUUGUUGUUGUUAAUAGCGAAAACGACGAUGCUUGGGAAUGGUUUUUCCAGAGGCUACAAACUUUUGUUCUGGAUACCCCGGGCUUAGUUUUCAUCUCUGAUCGCCAUGCAAGUAUCGCCACUGCACUGAGGAAGGUAAAUAUCCGGACAAUCUUCAUUGAACAUUAAAGUUAGCACAUUCCAUUUUUUCCAACUAUACUAUAUGUAACGUUCACUGACUAUAUACUAUAUUUGUACUUGUACAGGUCUACAACCAUGCUCAGCAUGUCAUAUGUGUUGUCCAUCUGUGGAGAAAUGUGAUGGCAUAAUACAAGAGUAGCAGACUCGCCAACCUUAUGUCCGCUGCUGCAAGAGCUUUCACCGUGACUGAAUUUAAUAAGAAGUUUAUUGAAAUUCAGAAAAUCAGCCCAAAUUUCGCGGCUUACUUGGUUGAUAUAGGUAACGAUUAUAUCUGAUAUUAUAUAAUAUCCGACGAUACUAUACUAUAUUGCUUUAUUUCUAUUCUAUCUUAUACAAUAAAGUAUUAAAUAUAAAACUGUCCACUACUUAUUAAUGUUGUUAACAGGGUUCGACCAGUGGACUAGGAUUCAUUUCAGGGGGAAUAGGUUCAACAUCAUGGAUUCAAACAUAGCUGAAUCCUGGAAUAGGGUGCUUAAGGAAGCACGUGAAUAUCCCCUCAUUACCAUGUUUGAGUACAUACGUACAACAGUUAUGUCUUGGUUCGCAUUGCGUCGAGCGAAAUCAACCCGGAAGCAAGAAACUAUCACCCCAAAUGUCAGCAAAACUCGUGGAGGAAAACUUUGAUCUCUCCACCGCUAUGGAUGUACGUGAUAUAGCCGAUCUUGAAUACCAAGUGCAGGACCCCACCAGGGAGUGCUUCACAGUUUUAUUGGGUCCCGGUACUUGCACAUGUGGUGAGUAUCAACUAAUAGGGAUACCCUGUAUGCAUGCGCUUGCUUGUUCAACCAGGGUUGGAUUUCCAUCUGAUGCGCUGGUGGCACCGGCUUACCGUGUACCAACAUGGCGCCAAGGCUUCAUCGGAAAAAUAUAUCCGGUCUCAUCUGUUGGUGGAUUAGAACUCGGAUCUGGAACUAGAGCUCCAUUACUUCCACCGGCAGUACGCCGCCCACCUGGGCAUCCUAGGAAAGUCUGCAUCCUAUCACGUGGGGAGUACAAGGUAAUCUACUCUACCAUUUAUGAAAUUUGUAAUCAAUGAAUGGAAUAGUUAGAUCAACUUAUGGAAUAGUCAGGCCGAGUAGGUAAUUGUUCAAAUGGACUAAAUAUAAAGUACAAUAUGUAAAUAUUGUCGUAAUAUCUAUUAAUAUGGAACGUUAUAUAUUCUACAUUUAGGCAAGAAUGAUAUCUGUUUAAAUUUUGUUUGUAAAAAGGAGGAAGCUCGUCAAACAGGAAAUGCAAACGUUGUGGCCGUUCGGGACACAACAGGGCAUCCUGCCGCAACCCAAUAUGAUAAGCUAUAACUAUGGAGAAGGCAGCAGAAGGCAGUUCGAUGAAAUCUUUUGGGAACUGGGUGAUUAUGCAGUAGCCAGUGUCGUCUAAAGACCAGGCAUGUACAGGAAGUGGAAAGGGGCGAAAACAGUGUUUUAACCAAAUAGAAUGGUAUAUGCUUUACAGUGAUAUAUCUAUCUAUUUGGUAUGUACAUAUUAUGUUAUAUAGACCCCUUUAAAUAACAACUCUUGUGGUUGUUGUACGGAACACCCCAGACCUUCUCUUUUGUCUAAUAUUAAUAAUGUCGUUCUCCACUAUUUACUCACACCUUAUAAGCCUUAAGCGUUUAGGUUGUUGUUUCUAUACCAUUUAUGAUUAGUAAGUACUAUACUAUUACUAAUACCUUUAAACCGUUAACAAUAGAAAUCCUAAACACAACAUCUCCACUCUUACGAAAAACUAAAUUCUAAAUUCAAUACAAUAACACCUUUUAAUAAUACAAAACCUAAACAUCAACACCCACACCCUUAUUGAAAACUAAACCCAAACUAUUACCAUUACCCCUUCUAACGUGAUAUUAUAAAUCGUCAUACAUGGAAUAGACACAUAAAUCCAACAUCCAACCCCAACACCCCAAACAACCCUUCAUCAACACUAAACCCAAUACAUUUACACACGUUAACAUUUCCACCUAACAAACCAACCCGUAGGGAAAACUAAACCCAAACCCCCACCCCACCCCAUAAACCCUAUCCCAAUACAAUGCCCCCUUUUAAUAAUACAAAAACCUAAACAAAAACACCACCACCCUUAUUGAAAACUAAACCCAACCCCCCCCCCUCCCCACCCCUUAAUCCUAUCCACAGUACCCGUUUUCAUGAUGUAACGUGAUUUUAGCAACCGUCAUAUAUGGAGUAGAUAGUAUCGGAAGAUAAUUUAAAUUGUAUGGAUUAUAAAUGGAAUGUCUGGUAUUUAUAUAAUAUUUACAAGAUGAAGAUAAACUUGGGUAUGACACAAGAUAGACUGAGUUAUGCUAACCUUCAUUACACAUAUUAUGUUAUGUAGACCCUUUAAAUCACAACUCUUGUGCUUGUUGUACGGAACACCAGUAGACCUUCUCUUUUGCGUAAUAUUAAUAAUGCAGUUCUGUUCUAUGUCCACAUAUCUUACAAGCAUUUCGUGUUUGGAUUGUUUAUUCUAUACUAUUUAUUACCAGUACUAUACUAUAAUUAGUCCUCUAAUUCGUUAACAAUCGAAAUACUAAACAUAACAUCCACACGCUUCAAAAAACGAAACCCCCCCCCCCCCCAAUAACCAUAAAAACCAUCAAUAUCUUAGAAGUAACCCAAAAGAUUCAACGUACUAUACCAUUUGUUCUAAGACUAUAUUAUAUUAAAGUUAAUAUGGUGAAGCUGAAAUUCGCAUACAAACUAAUAACCAUUACAAAAGGAACUCUAUACAGUUAAAAAAAAUUGCAAAACACCCCCUAAAAAGACACAUAAACCCAACAAUCCAACCCCAACAAACCAAAGAACACAUUUUCAACACUAAACCCAAUACCUUUACACUCACUAACAAUAAAAAGAAAACCUAAACACAACAAACCAACCUGUAGGGAAAACUAAACCCAAACCCCCCACCUCACCCCCCCUAAACCCUAAACCCAAUACAAUACCCACUUGUAUGAUACAAAACGUAAACACCAACACCCCCACUCUUUUUGAAAACUAAACCCAAACCCUCCCCGACCCCUUAAUCCUAUAGACAGUACCAUUACUCCUUGCAAUGUGAAUUUAUCAACCGUCAUAUAUGGAAUAGAUAGUAUCGGAAGAUUGGUCAAAUAGUAUAAAAUAUAGAUGGAAUGUGUAGAAUUUACAUAGGAUUUUGUAGAUGAACAUAAACUUGGGUAUGACUCAAGAUGGACUGACUUAGCAUAACUUUUGUUACACAUGUUGUACAAUCAGUACUCUAAACGGUAAACACUAACUGCUGAAAAAUAUACUAUUUUAAUUGCAUGGAAUAAAGUAACCUGAGACUGAGGACAUCAUAAGUUAAACAUAAGAAAUCAUCGUUUGUUAUUCUGAAGAAACAAAGUAUCACAGAGUAAAACAUAAAGAGGUAGGAGAAAGGAAAUUCAGCAACACAAUGUGGAUUACAUCAAACACGAAUGAACAUAAAGUAGUACAGUUCUGAAAAUGACUAAACUGCAGGAUUAGGGGGGACCACCUUAAACAUACCCAGGGUAGAGAUCGCAUAGUUCUCCGCUGCAACAUGAACCUCCUCUUUAGUGAGAGCCAGAUCAAUCAAAGGCUUCCCCACGGCAGCGAUCUCUAACAAAAUCAGUACCACAACCGCGGCGUACCCUAACAACAGGAAAAUGAUUAUUAAAAGUAUUUCAUGAAAUGCUAUACUGGUUCCCCCAUAUAGUAUAGUACGGUAUGCAUAUGGUAUAGUUAGGUGUGAUGGGGAAAAAUUUAAAAGAGAGGCGACCAAUACCUGGAUGUUCAAGUAGAACUGGUAUGUCUAAGCGAGAUAUGGGGAACACAAGGUAAUUCAACUCACGAGGUCGGGAAGUUAGACAGAACCUCGAUAUCAUGUGAGGCAUCAUAAUCGAUAUUGGGUUGACGACAUCUUUCACCACAGAAAUAGGAGGACAUGUCUGGUUCGCGUCCACCACAUAGAUGACCCACAUAGGAAAAUAUACUAUCAUACCAAUCAGUGUCUGUCUUUAACCAGAAUCAGAGUGUAGAGAAAGUCUACUUGCGUAAACCACUGUGGCCGGUGCAUGAACUGACUGCGCAAAGACACCGGAAAAGUGAAAGCGGACUUAUCUUGCAUGGCUUCAAAAGCAGGAUAACUUCGGAUUAGAUCGUUAAAGAAAGUUGGAGAGAUGAAGUCAAAUUUUGAAGAUGGAUUGUUGUCACGCAUCUUUCUUAUCCAACCUACAACACGAUCCACAGUCUACAAAGUAGACAUAAAUAAGAAGGAAAACACAUAGACAAAAUUUAUGCGAAGCAGUAAGGAUUAAAACGUACCUCAUACGAACAAACACCGGUGCAAUUGAACACAUCAUCCAAAGAAGCAAUAGAAAUGAUUGAUCCGAGGGAUGGUGCAUUUGAUCUGAAAGAAAGUGGUAAUACAGUUAGUUGUUUAUUUCAUGACUAUACCAUAUUAUAUCAUCUGGAAUGUAUAGUUUUCAAAUGGAAUAGCAGUCAUGAAAUGCUUUCCACUUACUUUGUCUCCGCCAUUGUCUUCAGGAAGGCUUCUCUUGCAGCUGGGGUUGGCGGAGUAAAUGGGGAGAAGCCACCUAUAAAUGUGUGGUUUUCUUGAGGACGAGGCUUUGGGUUACUUGGCUCAGCCACCACCUUGUUAACCCGUUUAGGAGGUGGAGGAUUAUCAUCAGUUUGACGCGCCACUUUCUUGUUUUCCUCUUUCUUACGGACGGCGGGUGCAGGAGGAGUGUAGCGUUUCGUACUUGUAUGCGUAUGUCUACUAAAACGUCUACCACCAUCGGCUUGACCACCGGCUGCAUCAGUGUUCAAUCGUCCAGCCUAUUAACAUAAACUUAUCACCUCUGCAAACACACUUUACAUACGAGCUGGGAAGAAGCUAAAGCACUAUACCUGAACUUUAGUAAUUGUAACAUCAUCUUCAUCCACAUCCUCACCCUUAUUCCCAACAGCAGCCUCACCGCGAUCGUCAUGCACACCAUCAAGACCCACUUUCUCCGGAUUGACAUCUGAUGAUGUCUGAGGUACAUCAGUUCUAGAACCAGUGGAGGGUCGGACCGGGUUCUGGCAAUGUAAAGCACAUAGAAUGGAAUCCAUUGAAAAACGGAGUAGUUAUAUAGAUUUAUAUAUGCAAAUAUAGUAUAGAUAACUUACUUUAUCAACGCCCGCUUCUGAUAGAAUUUUAUUAACGACGCCAGACACUGGGUCAUCAACGCGGCGUUCCGAUGAUACAUUCACUUGGUCCUAGAUAGAUUAACCACAUUUGUCAAUUUACUGAGCCAAUAUACAUUAUUAUAAUAUUAAGACAAAGCCGACAAUUUUACUUCUUAUCAGGUUUCUACUCAUUCUUACCACAUCAACUCGAGAUGGAGGAUUGACGGCAUCAGAAUUGUCAGGGGAUGCGACGUUUACCGAAGGCGAGGGAUUCUAAAUUAAAAUAGUAUGAAAAUGUCAGUGACAAAUAUCAAUAUGGAAAGGAUCUACUGGCAUCAACUGCAUAGAAUGAUAUAAAACAUAACAUAAUUUAAAGGACAAACCUCCACGUUUAUGGGAUCAUGUCCAAUGUCAGCAUCUCCCCCAUGCUCGCCCCCUGUCUCAGCUCUAAAUUCGGCUCCAUCAGUUCAGUCGGUCUGUUUACCCGGAGAUUGUCCUCCACCCCUUUCUCCUUCAUCCAGAUUCUGUCCCAAACCAACCGAGGCGGUCCCUGUUGCAGCAACAUCCUCUCCAUCUCGCAGUGUUGACUGGAGAAUAAUACAAACAAGUAAUAAGAUAUGGAAUAGUCUGGUGAGAUUAUGGAAUGAUAUACUAUAGAAGAAUAAUUUCACUGUAUUGAGAUUUACCUCGGGAGCACCAGUAUGUGUAGUGGGUCGAUCGGGAUUAACCUCAGUAUAGUUGAAAUCAUCAUUCUCACCUGGGAAUGGUGACGAAUGUCUCCCAGGACUGAACCCAUACGUUGCUCCCAUAUCCGCACCUCUAAGCCCGAACUUCAGUAACUGAUUGAUCUUAUCAAACUCCCCUGUGACCUUAGUUUCCAAAUGGGCAAUCGCGGAUGUAGCUGCUUGUAAGUCGGUUCGAAGGCCUCCCACUUCAGAAUUAAAAUGGCCCUUCAAACUCAGAAUAUAGCCCUCAAACAUUGCAAUUACCUUAUCCUCGUAUACGUCAGCUGCACGCCUAAGUAAUGUUUCGACAUCAACAUGGAAACUCUCACCACCAUGCGGGGCACCCGAGGGGUUAGCUGAUGAUUGCCCUCUCGGAUCUCCAGGGUAACCACCACUCUCUACGCCACCAUGAUGAGCAUUAUCCUUUUCAACCGGUUCUGGAACAUUUUCAUCACUUGACUCCGAAGUUUGUGCAUGACCCUUCUUCAGUUUAACAUCAUCCGCUUUCACACCACCUGACCAAGUGUUAUGCUCAAAUGGGUAAUCAUCGUCAAUCAAAGCAACCAUGGUAUCAACACUCGUAUCUUCCUUAUCUCCCAACCCACGAUAAAGAUCCUCCCCCACUUCAUCUGUGCUAAUCAAAGACCGUACAUAUGCCCGCAACACAAAUACACGAUAGAGAAAGUCAGGAAAUAGUAAGUAAGUAGUGUGGUCAAAUAAAGUCAAGUGUAGGUCCAUGAAAAGGAAAUAGUAUGGUUUCAAUUGACAUAUGGAAUGACAUAUAUAUGAAAUAGACAAAUACAUUGACUAACCUGUCCCAGUUGAUCAACCGUCUUGGCCGAAACAAUGUUGACUACCACCUUUCUAUCAACAACUCUCCUGAUAAUCUCUUCGCUGGACAAGCUGGAAUCUGCUAGAGGAUCCGCACCGCCAGUCUUAAUAAUGAUAGAAGGACAUGCAGUCACAGUAACCAAUACCAUAGCAUGGGUAAAUCCUUGAAUGACCAUUAUAUCCUUCACAUAAUUAACUGCAGAUCUUGCUUUUGUACUUCUAACUGUCAGUAAAAAUGACUCCCUGCCCCAUGGAUACUUCAGGAAAGCGUCAAGAUCACCAAGCAUGCUCACUAUUUCGGGUCUGAUUUUUGUUGUCCCACAAGUUGGACACAGAAUUCCUUCCACCAAUACCAACAACGAAAGCCGCAAACGGGUUAGCCGAUCCUUGUAUUUUUUACCCCUCACAAGCCGCUCCAUGAUCCAUCCAGGUGUGGGCUUCUCCUUCCCACGAUAUAAAUCAUCCCAUAUUGACAUAGAUGAUUUCCCUUUACCGGACGCCUUCCCUCGCCCGAUACCUUUCUCGGGGGGUUCUCCAGUUAACCCAACCCCGUGGCCACAGUUCAGUCCGGUGACCAUAGCAAAGUCUUGUAUGGCAUAGCGUAUAGGCUUCCCAACGAAGAUCCACCAAAGUUCAUACUCUUUUGCAGUUACCAACUGGCGUGAGAGGCAGUAAUGGAGGAACAUUACUGAAAAAGUAUGCGAACCCAUCUGCAAAACUCUCCGGAACUGCGACUCAUUCAACAUUUCCAAGUCUUCUUCCUCUAGUGCACUCUUUAUGAUGUCAAUCCACCGUAGGUUGAAGUAGUUAUUAACCCGUUUCCGCCCUGAUGGUUCCGAACCCGCCUCAAACAUUCUCAGAGGAAGACCUAAUUCGUCCAUUUGGGCACUGCCAAGCAUGAAAACAAUGCAACCCGUAAGAGUGACGGAGACAGUAAAUAGAGUAGCUACUUGCAAUACUAUUCCAUAUACAUAUAGAAUGCGAUUCCAGUGGCUGAGAUGGUCUACUAUGUGCACAAAUAUGAAGUAGACGAUUCUGCAAACCUAACAAAAAUCAAUUACAAUU